UGGCCCCGGCGGCGGCCGCGGCCCGACCCCCGUAGCGCCGCUCGCACUCGGAGCAGCUCCCGGCGCAGCCCGCACGCUCAUUGUAGCCGCAAUGGCAACAUCGUCGGAAGAAGUGCUGCUGAUAGUGAAGAAGGUGCGGCAGAAGAAGCAGGAUGGGGCCCUGUACCUGAUGGCUGAGCGCAUUGCCUGGGCUCCCGAGGGCAAGGACCGCUUCACCGUCAGCCACAUGUAUGCAGACAUCAAAUGCCAGAAAAUCAGUCCAGAAGGUAAAGCUAAAAUUCAGCUGCAGCUGGUAUUGCAUGCAGGGGACACAACCAACUUCCACUUCUCCAAUGAAAGCACAGCAGUGAAGGAACGAGAUGCGGUCAAGGAUCUUCUACAACAGCUCUUGCCCAAGUUCAAAAGGAAAGCUAAUAAAGAACUUGAGGAGAAGAACAGAAUGCUGCAAGAAGAUCCUGUUUUGUUUCAGCUCUAUAAAGACCUUGUUGUGAGCCAAGUAAUCAGUGCUGAAGAAUUCUGGGCCAACCGUUUAAGCCUGAAUGCAGGGGACAAUUCUGCAGCACCUAAUAAACAAGAUGUGGGCAUCUCUGCAGCAUUCCUGGCUGAUGUACGGCCUCAGACAGACGGCUGCAACGGGCUGAGGUACAACCUGACUUCGGAUAUUAUCGAAUCCAUAUUUCGGACAUACCCUGCAGUAAAAAUGAAAUAUGCAGAGAAUGUUCCACAUAACAUGACUGAGAGGGAAUUCUGGACACGAUUUUUUCAGUCUCAUUAUUUUCAUCGGGACAGGCUCAAUACAGGCUCAAAAGACCUCUUUGCAGAAUGUGCCAAACUGGAUGAGAAAGGGUUAAAAGCAAUGGUGUCUCAAGGAGUGAAAAACCCUCUGAUAGAUUUAACAGCUUUGGAAGAUAAAACAUUAGAUGAAGGCUAUGGUGUUGCUUCUGUGGCCUCUACAUCAAAUGCCUCAAAGUCUGCUAGAGAAAGCAGCAAUGCUGCCAUCAUAAAACGCUUUAAUCAUCAUAGUGCCAUGGUCCUUGCAGCUGGCCUCAGGAAACAAGAAGCACAAAAUGACCAUUACAGUGAGACCAGCAGUACGGAUGGAAACUCCAGGGAUUCAGAUUUCUUUCAGCCACCACUGAAAAAGGUAAAACUGCAGGAGGCCAUUGAAUACGAAGAUUUAUCAAAGAAUAAUAGCGUUAAAACUAUUGCACUAAACUUAAAGAAGUCUGAUAGGUAUUACCAUGGUCCAACUCCAAUUCAAUCACAGCAAUAUGCAACUAGUCAGGAUAUAAUUAAUUCAUUUCAGAGUAUUAGACAAGAAAUGGAAGCAUAUGUACCCAAACUAACUCAGGUUCUUUCAAGUGGUGAUGCUGCCAGCACUAUUGCAGUCCUGUCACCUGGAGGAGCACUUAUGCAGGGUGGAACACAGCAAGCCAUAAACCAGAUGGUGCCAAAUGACAUUCAGUCUGAACUGAAACACUUGUAUGUGGCAGUAGGGGAACUGCUACGACACUUCUGGUCCUGCUUCCCUGUUAACACGCCAUUCCUAGAAGAAAAGGUUGUGAAAAUGAGGAGCAACUUGGAAAGAUUUCAGGUUACAAAGCUCUGCCCAUUCCAAGAAAAGAUUCGGAGACAAUAUUUAAGCACAAAUUUGGUAGGUCAUAUAGAAGAGAUGCUGCAGACAGCCUACAAUAAGUUCCACACGUGGCAGUCGCGGCGCAUGCUGAAGAAGACGUGAGGGCACAUCCUGGACAGGUCUGAGAGCAAAGCCUGCAAUAGGGUAGGACUACAGCCUAGGUAUGUGCAGAUCUUAGAGUUCUUGCAGGAAGAGCUGCAAGCUGUGGACUUCUGGAAAGGAUGCUAACUGAACUUGCACAUUUUUGAAAAAGAACUGAGAUUAAACUUGAAAACUGGGGAGAAAAACAAGGAAGAACCAAAACGGAAGAGCUGAGGCGCAAAUAUAUUUAAAAGACACUGUUUACUGCAGUCACUCAGGAACUGCUUUUGAUUUGCAUAAAAAGCUGCUUUCAGAAAUAAAAAAAUUUAAAGAGGGUGUAUUAAUAAAAUUUGUUUUUCUGUCUAAUUUUUUUUAAGAAGUGUAUGGCACAGGGUAGAUCUCAAAAGUUUUUCUUCACUGGAUUCUGACAUUUUCUUGAAUUUUGUUUGUACUUCCUGCAACAGUUUAACAAUGAUGUUUUAAAACAUAGCUGAGACUGUUUUUGCUUCAAACAUCUGGGAGAGUGUAGCUGUCAGAAGACAAGCACCUGCCAUAUGUUUCCCCACCAAUUGGAAGCAAGAGACAUUGCACUGAAAGCUGUUCAUGGUCUGGGGUCCCUAAAGGUACACAGGGGCAAGCUUUUGCCUGAAGUCUUCGAUUUUUAUGCAAAAAUUUUUCAGCCAUCAGUUUUGCAUGUUUCCUUUUGAGUGCAAGUGUGUGCUACUGCAAUCUUUUUUUUUUUAUGGUGGCAUUUGUUCUGAGGAGAGAAUGCAUUUUUAAAAAUGAAGUUAAAUAAAGUUUCUUACAAAAGAAGUCAUUUAUUUUCAAUUCUUAGGCAUUUUUUAUUUCUUCUCCUAAAUCUGUUUUCCUUCACCCUUCCCUUUUGACUAUUAUACUGUUUUUGGCGAAUUGAUAAUCAUUGCAAAGAGAAAAAUGCGUUAUUUACACAGUGUCCAUAGGUAUUGGGAAUCUGUGCCAUACUUUGUUCUAAAUAGAAUCAGUUCACAGUUUCAGACCAACUUGUAUUAAGUGUGACUUAAAUGCAAAGUAACCCCCUUUUCUAGAAUAUAUGCAGUUUAAUGAGAACCUUGUAUUUUUUUGUCACUUUGACUGGACAAGAGCUCAAUAUGGGCUACUGAACUUUUUUUUACUUCAGAUUAAAUGUGACUGUUAAAGGUGCAUCUACUACAAAGACAAAUCAGACUGACAAUAUGUAUUCAAAGCGAGCACAGCAGUGUUUAGUACAGCUGAAGAAAUUCCCCAAACCUGCAUGAUGGUUUAAUACUACAUUUUGGUAUGAUGCUAAAACAUGGUAGUAUGAUGUUGGGUGAAUAAUUUUUGAAAAUUCCUACAGCAGAAAAGAUGUAUUGGUGUAGCCAAGUGGGUGCCUGUUCUGUGCAGCUGCUCAGUUUAUGCAAGAGGGGUUUUUUCUUUAACUGGUGCAUGGAAGUCAGCAGCUUCUUUUGAUCCUUUUCUUUCAGAUUUCUGUGUUAUGCUAUAAUCUUUUGGUAAAAGCGGAGUUUCAGUUAAGCAUCACUGCACCAAAGUCCUGUUCAGAGCUGUGUGCAUAUUGUUCAGCCUCACUCCCUGUGUGCUGCUGCAGAUCCAUGCAUGAUCCCUGCUCUGCACCAUCCAUGUGGUUCUGCUACAAGAAAUGACUGGGCUCAGCCACAGAUGCCCACUGGGCCUGACAGGGUGAAAAUGUCACUGGGAAUAAAGAGAUGCACCACAGCAUUUGGGGGAUGAGGUGCACAUCUUGUCAAAAGUUACCUCUUGUGAGAGCUAAACUUUUUCUAAAAUUUAGGCUUAGGGUGUGGCUUUAUGAAGCCAAAUCCCCUUCUAAGUGCAGGCAGCUCCCAGAAAAAAAAAAAAAGGGUAGUUUUGUUCUCCCCCAAUCCAAAGCAUUUGGAGCAAUUCUGGGGCCAAAUUCCAGCUGUUCCUUGAAAGCUAGCACACCUUUCAUCACAUCAGAGGGCUAGGGUCAAGAAAACAGGUCUGAUUUACAUUCUAAUUGUGCCUGAAGCUAUGAACAACACAUUUAAAUAUUAGACUGCACUGAGACUUCAUUUAAAUCCUAGGAGAGUUUUGAAUAUGGAACUAAUUCACCUUUAAUUGGAAUGUAUUUAGUGUUCCUGGAAAGACUGGGCAAAAUGGUUAACAUGGUGAAAAAGUGUCAGUGCAUCACAAGAACAUUUUACAGCUCCAAGAAGUGAUGUUUAUAACCAUUUUGGGGAUGGUAUUGCAAUAGCUUUAAGUCAUUAUAAUGAUAUCAGGCUAUCAAAAUGUACCUUAAUGAGCAGAACUAGGGGGAGGAGGACUAUGAUACUAAAUUCAAGUUUUGCCUGGAGACUAUACAGGCAAGGCUGCUAUGCACUUCAUAUUGCUUUUUCAGGUAUUGUGGCAAUAAGGCACAGGCCCCUCCUCAAGGAAAGGGAGGUAACUAUUCUUUCUACAUUGUGUUCCCCUUUUCUGUAGCAUGGUCCAAAACACAGAUUCAUUCCUUAAAUUUUGAAACUGAAUCAUCAUGCAUUAUAUUACUAUUGGAAUCUUUAUACUGACUUGUAUUUUUACUGAGAAUUCAUAAAACUUGUAUCAUUGGCAUUGAUCUAAGAUUUGUAGA